AUGGAUGUUCAUAACAAAAUGGAUGGUGAUUCAGAAGAAGAAGAGGACUUCGCCACCAACAUAGUAAUCAUGGGUGUCUCCAUGUUACUUCUUGCAUUGGUAAUGAUUGCUGUUUUUGCCAACCUAAGUGGUGGCGCCAAAGAAGAAAGAGAUUUUAAGAGCAUUAACUCUAUCUGUGCUAAAACAGAAUCACCAGAAGCUUGUCUUCAUGUCUUGAAACAUGUAGGCGAAAGAGCUCCGCCUUCGAAUUAUAUUAACGCGGCGAUUAAUGCAACUCUUGAAGAAUUAAUGAUAGUUAAUAUACCAAAACCUGAUGCUGAGAAAAGCUUGACUCCUUUGCAGACGGAAUCGUAUAGAGAUUGUUUGGAAUUGUUGAGUAUGGGAAAAGAUGAGCUCGAACAUUUGAACUUUAUGGCGAAUUCGAAUUCGUCUAUGGGAUCAAUAGAAAUUAUCAAUAGUCUAAGCGCGAUCAUUUCGUAUCAACAAACUUGUACUAAUGAGUUGUUGAGAACUGAUAACUUUGAUAUUUUGGGAUAUUCUUUGAAGAUGCCUAUUCUUCUUUCAAGGAUUACAUUAGCAAUUGUUGAUAAUUUCGUUGAGAAGCCGGAUUCGGACGAAAGGUUUAAGAAAACGGUCACCAGAGGAAACCGUCAAGCUAUGGAAGUUGAUCAUGAGGACAAUAGACUAAUCGUUGCUCAAGACGGCCGCGGCCAUUUUACAACGAUAACCGAAUCAAUCAAUGCUUGCGUGAGGAAUAUAGAAUGUUCAUGUGUUAUUUAUGUGAUGAAAGGUGUGUAUAAAGAGAGAGUUGUGAUACCUCAGAGUUUAGAGAAAGUGUUCAUGUAUGGCGAUGGCCCUACGCAAACCGUUGUGACCGGGCUCAACACGAGAGGCUCGACGAUUGUUACAACGCCUUUUCGUUCGGCUAGUUUUGUGGUGAAAGGGAAAGGAUUCCACUGCAAAGAUAUGGGAUUCACUGCACCUGCUAACAUAGCAGGUGCACCUGCACUUCUUGUGUUUUGUGAUCAUGCAGCAUUCUUCAACUGCAAAAUCGAAGGAAAAGAAGGAAGUUUAUACGCGGUGGCGCAUCGCCAAUUCUAUGGAAACUGCGAAAUUCAUGGAAGUGUAGACAUUAUAAAAGGCGACUCAGCGACUAUAAUUCAAAACUCGCGAAUCAUAGUGAAGCGUCAAAUUUCUCCUAUUGUUCCAAGGAAAAAAGUUGUGAGUUUUCAAUCACGAGUAGACAAGCAUGAGAGCACUGGUUUUGUGAUGCAAAACUGCAGCAUUGUAGCAGAAGAAGGCGAAACCGAUGAUAAUAAUAAUAGUCUUAUUGGUUCGACGUGUUUGGGAAUACCGUGUAACGAACAUUCGAGAACAGUCGUGAUGGAAUCGUUUCUCGGCGACGUGAUUCGUCCGAGAGGUUGGUGUAAAUGGAGUGAUAAUUAUGGAGUUGAUACUGCAAGUUUUAUAGAGUAUAAUAAUAGAGGAAUUGGUGCAAUAACUCGUAAGAGGGUGCAUUGGGAGAGUUAUAGAGAAGUUUCUCAGAAACAGAAAAGUGAAAUGGUGAGGUUUACAGCUGAUAAGUUUAUUCAAGCUGAUCAAUGGUUGAAAAAUACUGGUAUUCCAUAUGAAUCUGGACUUUUCUUUCCUAAAUAGAUU